AUGGCUUGUGUAAAUGUUUUGUCUGAUAAGUGCCGACAUGAUUCUGGGAAGCGACAGAAUGCAAUCUUAUACACCAUCCUGAGCCAACGUGGAGACUACAAGUUCUCACAUCACAACUGCUCCUGUGAAGUCAGACGGACUGUUAGCUUGAAGACUCCCCUUGUUACCUGUCAGGCGGUAUCCGAUGUGUUGGCAAAGACAAUCAGUUUUAUGAGGAACCUCCCUUCAUUCCAUCAUCUUCCCAGAUCAGACCAGCUGCUAUUGCUGGAGAGCUGCUGGCCCCCAUUAUUUCUGUUAGGAUUGGCUCAAGAUAGAGUGAGCUUCGAGGUGACAGAGACCCCAAGUCACAGCAUGCUGAAGAGAAUCUUGCUGAAUGGACCAAGCCUGCACAGGACAGAGGAAGAAGGGAGUUGGCAGCCAACACUGGCUGGUGUACAUAGAAUAAAAAUGUGUCUGAACAAAUUCCAAAGCCUGGAUCUAAGUGCCAAGGAGUAUGCAUACCUGAAAGGAGCUAUCCUGUUCAACCCUGACCUACCUGGACUCCGAGCUGCUCCCUACAUUGAGAGCCUUCAGCGGGAAGCGCAGCAUGCCCUGUAUGAGAUCCUGGUGCCGGCCAAGGACAGUAGCCGCUUCGCCUGUAUUUUACUCGCCGUGUCCGCCCUGAAAACUGUCAGCACCGGGCUCAUCGUCGAGCUCUUCUUCAGGCCGAUGAUCGGGCCAGCAAACAUGAAGGAGCUACUGUUUGAAAUGCUAUAUUCCCGGUGAAGAAAUAGGGGUCUGACUGCACUUCACCUCAGCCACUCACUUGGCGCCCAGCCGGACUUGCCAUUCGCUGCCUAUCCACAACUCACUAUUGUUUUGUAUUAAUGUUGUUUUAUCUUGAAUAAAAUUGGUUUAGAAGA